AUGUCGCAAGGCGCAGGAUCAGUGUCCCAUCCAAGCUGCAAAGUCAUCCUCGCCGGCACCAUUGCCAAGGGACUCUUGGCCGAAGUCCAAGCCGGUCUGAAGGAACUCGAUCGCAAGCCGCACUUGCUGGGGAUCCUGGCGAACAAUGAUCCAGCCGCGAAAGUCUAUGCAGAUUGGACGGAGAAGACGUGUCGUGAGAAUGGCUUCUCGUACACGCUGCAACAAGCGGCCAAAGAUUCGGUCGAGGAGGUCGUGCUGGCGGCCAACGCCAACCCGGCCUACGACGGCAUCAUCAUCUACUACCCGAUCUUCCACAACCGGGGCCAAGACCAGUACAUACAGAACAUUGUGUCGCUGUCCAAGGACGUCGAGGGGCUCAGCCACCAGUACAUCUUCAACAUGUACCAGAACAUCCGGUUCCUGGACGAGGCGCAGAUGGUGAAGAGCAUCCUGCCGUGCACGCCGCUGGCGGUGAUCAAGAUCCUCGAGCACCUGCACAUCUACAACACGAUCCUGCCCUACGGCAACAGACUGUUCGGCCGCACCAUCUGCGUCGUCAACCGCAGCGAGGUCGUCGGCCGGCCGCUCGCCGCCCUGCUCGCCAACGACGGCGCCUGCGUCUACUCGGUCGACGUCACGGGCGUGCAGCAGUUCACCCGCGGCGAAGGCAUCCGCAAGCGGAAACACGAGGUGGUGGAAAAGGAAGGCUGGACCAUCGAGAAUUGCGCUCCCCUGUGCGACGUCGUCAUCACGGGUGUGCCGGGCGAGGCUUACAAAUUCCCCUGCCACCUGUUGAAGGAGGGAGCCGUGUGCAUCAAUUUCUCCAGUGAGAAGAACUUCCCUCCCGAGGUCAAAGAAAAGGCGUCCAUCUACGUCCCCGCCAUCGGCAAGGUCACCAUCGUCGUGCUCCUGCGCAACCUGCUGCGCAUCGUACAGAACCGCCAGGCACAGACGAAGCAGGAGCAACAACAAUCAUCCCAGCUCCUUCAGGCCUCCUUCGCGCACGGAAGCGCUUCGGGAGCCGAGGUCAAGACUCAACAAUAA